GCCUGAAUGGCUGCUUGUGUAAUUCCUGCAGACUCUCACACACCCGUUGUGUCAUCUUCUGCCGGGUGGGGCAACUCACCGGCUGCAACAAGCUGCUGCUUGUAUGGCUGGGGAUGGGCUUGGAACGUGCAGAUGCUGCUGAAAAACUCUGCCUCGGGGCUGGGGACCUGCCAAAACGAGACAGGGCAAGGGCUUGCGCGUGCAGCUCUGGCUCCCAACUCCACCCCUAAGCCAAGGCAGAUUGGUGCCCCUUGCCUAACAAGGCACCUCAGCUCUAGAGCUGGAGGGAGAUUCUUGGCAUGUACUUGGUCUUGGGAAUCCUUGAUGUGUGAAACUCCUUAGGCCCUUGAAUAUCUGGACCAGCUGUGCAUGAAGGAGUCGAGCGAGGUGCUGCGAGGCCAGAUGCAGUGCAUGAUGCGGACACUCCACGAUCUGAAGAGGGCCCACGACCGAGAGCUGCGACUGGAUCCCCAAGAGAUGAGGCUACCCUCUGCUUUGCCUUCCUCAAAGUCCUGUAUCAGCCCCCGAAUAUCGGCUAUUUCAGAAGCAGAUUCUGCCUGUUGCUUGGAGGGGCCUGUGGAAGAAGAGGUUGCGUUCUCCCCACCCAGCAGCGAGCGAAGCCUGGAGUUUGAUUCGGGCUACUCAGAAGUAUCUGGGAGCAGCUGGCGGGACGAGGAAGGCCCCCCUCCCCUGCGAGCCAGUAAGCUUUCCUCAGGGGGCUUCCUGCGCCGUCGGGUGCCUGCCAGGAGACCCCGGCCAAAAUCAGCUUCGGACGCCUGCCUAGAGCGGUGGCGGGAUGGCGAGCCCACGGACGCAGGUGACUGGACAGUGUCCCUCUUGUCCCAGAGUCGUAACCGGCAGCCACUCGUGCUGGGGGACAACUGCUUUGCUGACCUGGUGGAGAACUGGAUGGACUUGCCUGAAGAAAGCGGGGAGCGGGGGUGGCUGCAGCGUUGGCUGGCCAAGCCCCAUGGCUUUUGGCUUCACCUCUCAGGCAAUGUUCGCCGCAGGCUGGCUGGCAUCUCCCGCGCAGAGCGCACCAAGCGGGACCAGGAUGGCACCAAGCGUUUCUCCUGCCCUGCCGGUCUGGGUGGGCGCCCUUCGUUACCCUACUUCCACCAGUCCCACGCCAACAUUAGCGAGCUUUCUACAGACUGUAGCAGCUUUGCUGCCCUCAUGAACUGUCGAAGCCGGCAGCCCAUCAUUUGCAAUGAUGUGAUUGGCUACAUCUAGCUUGCCUUUUUUAUGCUUGCCUAUAAAUAAAUGCCUUUUUUUCUAAGUUA